AAAAUGAUUUGUACGAAUCGAAUUCGAUGAGCGUAUACGUUAAUUCUCAAAUUCAGAACAAAUGUGAAUGUGAUUCGACGCCUAUGACUUGCCAAGAAGUAUUAAAAAGCAAGUCAGUAAAGUGGGGUAGGCCGUAGGCAACAAAUGUGAAGGCGAAACACACUGCAGCUACAUGGGAGGCAACAUAAAGAAGUGGAGGGAGUUGAAGAAGAAGAAAAGAAAAAAAGAAAUAAGUCGAUGCAGGCACGAUGGAGUCACGACACAGUAAGGCGUCGUAAAAAGAACGGGAACGUUCUCCCUUGCUUGCGCUGCGAUUAUUCUCUUCAAAUUCUUUUUUUUUUCUUUUGUUUAUCCCUUUUAUACGUGUGCUCUUUUUGUUUUUUUUUUUUUUACUACAACGCGAAUAUUGUUGUACCACAAUCCGUUACUUUUCGAAACGGGUGUAAUAUUAAAUCAAAUUUUUGCGGACUAAUUAACGCAAGAGUGUCGUUUCGCGUCAAAGUGGUAAGUCAAUUGUGUUAGCACAUUAAUCGGGGCCAAUUAAAGUGCGCUAUGGCUUCUGCGUACGAAGUGAUGACCGAACAGCAGAACACGUCGCGUGAUUUUACGACAACUUGUUCCAACAACAAUCGAGUUAAUUCGGUCACUGCUACCGAUAUGGAGAAGACGUCGUCGUUGUCAUCGUUGUCUUCAUCGUCGGCGUCACGAGCCAGUGUAACAAGCGAUUUGUCUUACGAAGAACUUCCGAUACCUUCCACAGAAGUCGGUCACGUUCCACCCGGUGAAUUAAUUGACGAAGAUUUAAACGCGCUCAAGGACAAAGAGACGUGCAAGACGAUGGAUAUGAAUGAGGAAUGCAAAAAUGAAACAAAUAUCGACACUUGUGCGGAUUCGAUAAACAAUACUUGGCAAAUAAACAAAUCGGAAAAUAAACAGUCUUUUUUGAUAUGCGAUAAGCAGAAGGAGAAGAAAAUUACUUCGACCUCGGUAGCGAGUAAUGUCACAUUGGAAAAUGCAUCCGUGUGCAGCGCGAAAAAGGAACAGGACCAAAGAAAUCAGAGUACGUUGGAGAUUCGCGGUCAAGAACAGCAGCGUGAUAAUAUCGCAAGAAACUUGCAAGAUCGCACGGCGGAAGACGUGCAAACUUGCUGCGAAAACGUGGUAAAACUUGAUUUAAGGACAACCGAGAAACAGAAUAAAACUGAGAGGGACAUUAUAAGUCAACAAGACAGUGACUCGUUCUACGACGCCGUGCGUUCGGGAAACGUAAAGCGUGUCUCGGCGUUGAUUGCCUCCGGCUCUGUGCAAAACCUGGACGAACCGGAUUGGAAUGUAUCGGGAGAUCCACCCUUAUUAAUAGCAGCGGCAAAUCAUUGUCUACCUAUGCUCAGUUUAUUAUUGGCAAGUGGAUGUAAUCCAGCUGUGCGUUCGCCACGAGGUGAAACGGCACUUCAUAAAGUAAUUCUGAACGGUGGACCGGGCGAUGUGUUGAAAUUUGUGGAAGAUCUCUUGAAACACGGGUGUCCGCCAGGUGUGAAGGAAGCAGGCAGCGGAUCAACCGCGCUGCACGUGCUCUCCCGCCAACUGGCACACACGCCCUUAAAAUCCUUCCAUCACAAUUUCGAUGCCGCUCUGAAAAUUCUAAAGCUACUGGCAGAAACUGGACCCGUUAAUGCCAAAGAUCACCAAGGCCGAAGUGCUUUGCACAUUCUGGCGUCAUCAACUAUUUUUGAUAAUAAUCGUAAGACCGACAUCGAGUCGCUGAUCGAGAUACUCCUGGCCGCCGGUGCGGAUACCGCUUUGAAAAACGACCGUGGAGAAACACCGUUGCACGAGAGUCUGGAAUGCGGCGCGUUGAACACGGCAACAUUACUGAUACCGCACACGCCCACAGGUAUCACAUCGCGUUACGGUGAAACUCCGUUGCACAUAACAUCGCGGAAAAAUCACAUAGAUAUAGUGACAAAACUGCUGGAACACGGUGAGGAUCCUGGUGCGCAAGACGCUCGUGGAAAUACUCCAUUACACUUAGCGUCAGCGAGAGGCUUUCAUCAGACGGUGUCGUUGUUAGUCACUUCACCUUUAGCUCAAUUGGAGAAGAUCAACAUUGACGGGUUGACGGCAUUACAAGUAGCCGCUGAGAGCGGAUUUGUCAAUACCGUUAAGAUACUGCUGAAAGCAGGUGCCGAUCCCAGUCAGACUAUGCACUAUUGCGAGACCAUUUUACGCCGUCAUCCUGACAUCUCGCUCCUUAUCGAUCACGAGUUGACCAGACGUCGGCAACUCGCCGCCUGAUUUGAUGGAAUUCUUCAAUUUGCUCUUGAUACUUGGCGUUUGUGUACUAAUUGCUUAAAAGUUAUUAAAGAGUACGUACAAAACGCAAUUAUUGCUCAAUAUAAGAUAUACUCUAAUACUUGUGAGAAAUUAUACGGGCGUUGUGCACGUAUAGGAUAAAAGUUGUUAAAUCUCAACUGUAGAUAUCAUAGUAUACUUAAAGAGUUUUUAUUCAUUAAAUUCAAUCAGUUUGCGGUUAAUGAACAGACUCUUUAAUUUGGAAAAUUACAACUAUCGUUUUUUAUGAUUUGAAAUUUGUAAAAUAUCGUUUCUCCCAAGAGAAAAAUUUUAUACAAAUAAAUCUUUACGUUGUUAUUGUGACAACUUGAGUUGUUUUGUUUUCCCUAUUUAUCCCCAAGUCUUACCGUCAUUGUUUUCACAUUAUUAGUACAUUUUAUUUACUUAUUUAAAUAGGGAUUAAUAGAAAAAAAACAAGAUAUUAUAUG